CACCGCCCACCGCCGGUGCGCCCACGGCCCACGACAGUCUGCGGUCGCUCGGCGCCCCGCUCCGCUCGCACACCGUCCUUUUACAGCAAUUUCCUGAAGAAAGCCACAUCGAACAGAAUAUGCCUCACAAUUUCAAAGCAGGAGAUUUGAUUUUUGCUAAAAUGAAGGGAUAUCCUCGCUGGCCGGCCCGGAUUGAUGAUGUUGCUGAGGGAGCAGUGAAACCACCAUCAAAUAAAUACCCAAUUUUCUUCUAUGGUACUCACAAAACGGCAUUUUUAGGGCCAAAAGAUAUUUUCUUUUUGAAAAAUACAGACAAAUAUGGAAAACCAAACAAGAGGAAAGGAUUUAAUGAAGGAUUAUGGGAAAUACAAAACAACCAUAACGUCAGCUUUAGUGCGCCAUUGCCAUCAAGCUCAUCUGACAGUGAAGUUCCAGAAAAUGAAGUGGUCCCUGGAAGUGGUGCAGAAGUGGACAAACAAGUGAGUGAUGAAGAAUCUGACAAGGACAGCAUUGAACAAAGUAGUAUCAAGCAGAAGCCGCAACUUCCAAAGCAACCGGCUCCAAAGCGUGCUCGUAAAUCGAGUGAUGAGGACGAGGUGGUGGAAGAUGAAAGUGGCUCCAAUUCGCUUGAGGAGAAUUCUGAAGCAAGUUCGUCAGAGUCUGAGAAAAACAGUGACCAAGAAUUCACACCAGAAAAGAAAGUAAUUUCCAAAACACCUCGAAGAGGACCUGCAACUGGGAGGAAGAAAAAUAAUGUUUCCAACUUGGAUGUAGCAGAGGGAUCUAGGAGUACAGGAGUACACUCCCUCUUCCAUGGUUUAAAAAUGCCUCUGUAUGCGGUUCUCCCAGGCACUGAGACUGGAAAUGCACAGACUGCACCAAACUGCUGCAGACAUUGGAUAUAUUUGAAAAGAGGAUAG